CUACGUCGUUGCUUUCCAAACGGGUCAUCUACGAGAAGCUACCACUCUCGAUCAAGCCAACCCGAGCCUCUUUCGUCGCUGGUUCGUACUCUGCUUCUCUACUGCCAUUGCAAGAUCUUCUUCUUUCAACUGGGUCCAUGAAAUUCUUUCCAUUCUUCACGGUUUGAUUGGAACCCAGAAGCCGAAAGGCAACGAGAGGGAUACAAUGACAGGUGCUGCUAGCGGACAUGAUUUUCUUGACAGUGAUGGAGGUUCAGAUGAUGAAACUUUUGAAAAAUUUUGUGAACAUGAAGCUGUGGAAGAUGAGCUGCUGCCUCGUUGUAGUUUAAAUAAUGAUGUAAAUGAUUGCCUGAUUCCAAAAGAACUGCAUGUGGAAGGCUUAAGUGCUGAAAGUUUGGAACCAUAUGCUGGGAUGACUUUUCCCUCACUAGAGGAUGCACGUAAUUUCUAUUAUGAAUAUGCCAAGCAUACAGGUUUCACAAUACGAACAAAUCGAAUCCGACAUUCAUUGAAGAACAUGGCUAUAAUCGGUAGGGACUUUGUAUGUUCCAGGGAGGGUUUUCGUGCUGCAAAGCAUACACUUAGAAAAGAUAGGGUUCUUCCUCCUCGCCCAAUUACAAGGGAAGGAUGCAAAGCUAUGAUAAGGUUGGCGGCAAGGGAUGGAGGGAAAUGGGUAGUUACAAAGUUUGUUCAUGAUCACAACCACAAACUAAUGACUUCUUGUAAAUUUUCAGGGGAACUACCAAUUGUAAAUAUACUUAGUGAGGAAGAGAAGGAUAAAAAAAUCCAAGAUCUGUACGAUGAGCUGCAACAUGAAAGACAACGAUCUGUAGCAUUACAACAUCAGCUAAGCAUGAUUCUCGAGGAUCUUGAAGAACACGCUGAGUUCAUGUCUAUUAGAGUUGAAGAUAUAAUUAACAGCAUAAAAGAAAUUGAACUUGGUGACCUGUAGCUUUCCAGCCAUGGAAAAUGCACAUUUUAUGGUACCAAAUAUAUGUCAUCUAAUUGAAAUCAUGACCCGUUUUACCAAAUUAGAGAAUUAAGUACAUAUCGCUGGGUGAUCUGGAAAUGUAUUUUUGGCUUGAUGUUUAUUUUCCUUUUCUAAGAUUAUUUUCCAAGAAGACGCAUGCAGGUCACUUACCUGCCAAUUUCCAACUCAUUAUUGUUCAUUAAAUAUCAAGCUACUGAUUUUGUAACA